CUUUCGGCUCAAAACGCGAACUGUGCAAAUACCGUGUUGUAUUCCAGUUAAUCAAAUCGACUCGCAUUACAUCGAAUCGCGAUUAAAGCUGAGCAUUCACAAUAGCCAAUUGUGUAAGCAACAACAACAACAGCAACAACAACAAUAAUCAGUUACAAUGUUCAGUCCGGAGUUUGAGAAACGCAUCCUGAAGCACUGCAGUCCCGUGGCUAGAAAUCUAUUCGACAAUCUGGAAGCGUCCACAACGCCAACAUCGUUGGAUCGUUUCAUACCCUGCAGGGCUCACAACAAUUGGCAAACGAGCUUUGCCUCCAUUAACAAGUCGAAUGAUAACUCGCCGCAGACAAGCAAGAAGCAGCGAGAUUGUGGAGAAACGGCACGCGAUAGUCUGGCCUAUUCGUGCCUAUUGAAGAACGAGCUCCUUGGCUCGGCCAUAGACGAUGUGAAGACCGCCGGGGAGGAGCGCAACGAGAACUCCUACACGCCGGCGGCCAAGCGCAGCCUCUUCAAAUAUCAAUCACCCACCAAGCAGGACUACAAUGGCGAGUGCCCGUACUCGCUGUCGCCCGUGAGCGCCAAGAGCCAAAAACUGCUGCGAUCGCCGCGCAAAGCCACGCGCAAGAUAUCUCGGAUACCGUUCAAGGUAUUGGAUGCACCGGAACUGCAGGAUGACUUCUAUCUGAACCUGGUCGAUUGGUCGUCGCAAAACGUGCUCGCCGUCGGUCUGGGCAGCUGCGUGUAUCUGUGGAGCGCCUGCACCAGUCAGGUCACCCGCCUGUGCGAUCUCAGUCCCGAUUCCAAUACAGUCACAUCUGUGUCGUGGAACGAGCGCGGCAAUACGGUCGCCGUGGGCACACAUCACGGCUACGUGACCGUUUGGGACGUGGCAGCUAACAAGCAGAUCAAUAAACUGAAUGGACAUUCGGCGCGUGUGGGCGCACUGGCCUGGAAUAGCGACAUUCUGUCUAGCGGUUCGAGAGAUCGCUGGAUCAUACAGCGAGACACACGAACGCCGCAGCUACAGUCGGAGCGCCGUCUGGCCGGACAUCGUCAGGAGGUGUGCGGACUGAAGUGGUCGCCGGACAAUCAGUAUUUGGCCAGCGGCGGCAAUGAUAAUCGACUGUACGUGUGGAACCAGCACUCCGUGAAUCCAGUGCAGUCGUAUACGGAACAUAUGGCCGCAGUGAAAGCAAUCGCCUGGUCGCCGCAUCAUCACGGCCUGUUGGCCAGCGGCGGCGGCACUGCGGAUCGCUGCAUACGCUUCUGGAAUACACUGACGGGCCAGCCCAUGCAGUGCGUGGACACCGGCUCGCAGGUGUGCAAUCUGGCCUGGUCGAAGCACUCGUCGGAGCUGGUCUCCACACACGGCUACUCGCAGAACCAAAUUCUCGUGUGGAAAUACCCGUCACUGACGCAAGUGGCGAAGCUAACGGGUCACUCCUAUCGUGUGCUAUACCUGGCCCUCAGUCCGGAUGGCGAGGCGAUUGUCACCGGCGCCGGCGAUGAGACGCUGCGCUUCUGGAACGUCUUUAGCAAGGCGCGCAGCCAAAAGGAGAACAAGUCUGUACUGAAUCUGUUUGCCAACAUCAGAUAGAUUCGCUGCUCAGAUGUGGGUGGAGGGAGGGGCGGCACGCUCGGACAAAUCGAGCGUGCGUUGACUGAGCGAAGCGCCAAAGGCAAGCAACUAACCAACCAACCAAUCAACCAACUAAUCAAACAACGAAUCAACCAAUUAAUCAGGCAAUCAUUAAGCUGGGGACUUCAGCCGCAUCCACAUAAGGCGCUAUGUUGAUUUAACAAUGUUUACUAAAUUUAUGUUAAACUUAAUUGUCGAAGUGUUUUAGAUACUUCUCUCUAUGUCUAAGUUUUGGGCCGGGGCAAACUUCUGGUAAGAAUUGUGGAUUAACUUUUGAAAGAAAACCAAAAAUCAA